AUGACCAACUCGGGCCGAGUCCUGCAGGAGGUCGAGGAGUCUCCGUCUGGCACUGACGAGAAUAAUAUCGUCGACUUCCAGCCCAUCCACGACCAGCGCCGCUCCUUUUCGGUCUCGCUAGACUCGCGACGGCCGCCGUCAAACCACACCCCUGCUGCUGGACGGCGCUCGCUCGAUCAGAAGGAGCGCAAUGGCUAUAUUAUCCUCGAUGAGGACGACUGCUACGAGGAGCUGGGAUUCUGCUUCCCGUCCUGGAAGAAAUGGAUGAUCAUCACCGUCAUCUUCCUCGUCCAGACCUCGAUGAACUUCAACACCAGUCUUUAUUCUAAUGCCAUUGGUGGUAUUUCAGAAGAAUUCGGUGUCAGUCUCCAGGCGGCGCGCUGUGGUGCCAUGAUCUACCUUAUAACCUAUGCAUUUGGCUGCGAGUUAUGGGCGCCGUGGAGUGAGGAACUGGGGCGCAAGCCUAUUCUGCAAUUGAGUAUGUUCCUCACUAAUAUCUGGCAACUGCCUGUCGCCCUGGCGCCGAAUUUCGCAACGAUCAUGGUUGGUCGCGCGUUUGGAGGUCUCAGUCUGGCUGGUGGCUCCGUCACGCUGGGAAUGAUUGCAGACCUGUGGGAGCCCGAGCAUCAACACUACGCCGUAGCCUGUGUGGUGUUCUCCUCGGUCGGUGGCUCAGUCCUUGGCCCCCUGAUUGGAGGCUUCGUCGAAGCCUUUCAACCUUGGCCUUGGGCGAUGUGGAUUCAGCUGAUCUUUGGUGGAUUUGUUCAGCUCUGCCACUUGGUGCUGGUGCCCGAAACCCGGUCAACAAUCAUGAUCAACAACUAUGCGAAGAAGCAGCGCAAGGAGACUGGGUUGAAUGUCUGUGGCCCUGAUGAGUUCCUGUCCUUCAAGGAGCGCUUCUCUGUCAAACAGAUCAUACACCAUAUGUUCCGUCCGUUCAGGAUGCUGGUCACCGAGCCCAUCGUGUUGACCCUGUCGCUGCUCAGUGGAUUCAGCGAUGCUCUCAUCUUCAUGUUCAUCCAGUCCUUCAGUCUGGUGUACGCACAGUGGAACUUCAGUACUGUGGCCAUAGGUCUUUCAUUCAUCCCCAUUCUAGUGGGGUACAUCAUCGCCUGGCUCAGUAUGUACCCAGUGCUGCACCGCAACGCUAUGAAGCGCCAGAAGAACCCCGACGACGAGCACGCGCAGUAUGAAUCGCGACUCUGGUGGUUAUUGUAUACAGCGCCGUGCCUCCCUAUCGGUUUGAUUGGCUUUGCGUGGACGAGUCUGGGACCCCCGCUCCACUGGAUGGGAACCAUGGUCUUUGCCGCUAUCGUGGGCAUUGCGAACUAUACCAUCUAUAUGACGACCAUCGACUAUAUGAUCUGCGCCUACGGUCCGUAUUCUGCAUCUGCAACUGGUGGCAAUGGCUUCGCCAGAGAUUUCCUCGCCGGUGUUCUCACCGUGCCUGCCACUCCAUUCUUCAGCAAUAUCGGUGCCCCAACGCGCAAUCUUGAAUACGCCUCUACAAUCCUCUUCUGCAUCUCCUGCCUCCUCGUCCUCUCCGUCUACAUCAUCUACUGGAAAGGCCCAACCAUGCGCAAAACGUCCCCCUUCGCCCAGCAACUCUCCGACGCCCGCAAGGAAAGCGCCAGCCGCCGCGCCUCGCUCUCAUACACCGGAUCGCGCCCCGUCUCGCGCAGACCGAGUAUGGUGCCCGCCGGGUCCGCGCCUGCAUCGCGUCGGGCUUCUCGCGUCAAACCUUCCUCAAAACCGGGGUCGAGAAGACCUUCUGUUGAGAGAGAGAAGGAGAACGUUGGAUCGAAGCCCGCGUCGCGCAGACCUUCUGGAGAGAAGGAGAGGCAUGCCGGGUCGAAGCCUGGAUCGAGGAGGGUCUCUUUUGAGAAGCCUAUGUCGCGGCCUACGUCGCGUGGAUAG